UUCUGGAGAGAGAAAAUAGGUAGAUCGAGUUUCUUACGGAGUUAGGGUUUCAUCAAAACUUUGGCCAAGUUUAACGAUUUGGUCUGCGAUUCACAAUUAGGCUCGAGCUUAAUUCGAAAUUCUUGCAACUGGUUGCGAAAUUCUCUGCGAAAUUCCCUCUCACGUCGCUGCUUGAAAUAGUGUGUUCGUCGAGUUGGAGGGUUGAAUUGGGGCUUUGCAUUCGAACAAGUUAGGAGGAGAAAUUCACGAUGAAAGCCAAUAAGGCCAACUUUCCUAGUCCACACCAUCAGGUUAGAGUUCCAUAAUAUGAAAGAAUGCGGAUGGAGAAUUUGAAAAUGAAUGUAGACAGAAUGACUGCUAAAGGUGCCGGGUUCUUAGCUAAGAAAAUACUACAAGAAAAACUUCAUGGUUCGGGUUUUCCUAAUGGAAGUGGCAAUGACCUGGUGGAAGAAUCAGAUGAUGAGUCAACAUCUGAGUACGAUGGAGGCUGUAAUGAGGAUGAAACUACUUGCAACAUGGAAAUUGAAAAUUUCACCCGUCAUAAAAAAAGGUUUUGGCUCAGUCCCCGACUAUGGGUGAUUUUGUGAAAAAUAAUAAUCCCAAACAGAAGCAUUAUCAGGUUAAGCAAGGUCGUGAAAAUAACUCAACUAGCUCUGUUCAGAAGGUUCAAGAACAAUGUAGUCAGAAGAAGAAACAACCUUUCCAAAAUCCAAGCUCUGAGAAAGAGCAAGAGCAACAUGAUGUUGUUAAGAAAAGGAAGCAAAAACAGAAGUCAUAUUGUUCUCCAGGUUCCAUGACAAGGUAUCUUGAUUUUCGAAAAAAGCAAUUAGAAAAUAAUGAAAUGGUUACAACCGGUAAUCCAAUUCUGAAUACUGAAACAUCACCAAUCCGAGAUGAUAAUAAUGAUGAUGUACAACUGAAUAAUAAUGAUGCUGGAUAUGACCUUGGAUUUGAAUUAGAAGUGGAGACAAUAGCUGAAAACGAAAAGGAAGCUCCUAAGAAGAAGCAUCGAGGGCCAACAAAGCUUACACAAGUUCAUGCGCGUACAAGAGAAGAACGCCAAUAUAUUAUUCUGAACUUGUUUGGCCAACCAGUAGGACCUACAAAGGAAAUUGUUGAAGAGUUUAAGUUCUUCCUCGGAACUUUGGGGAAGGAUUCUGAGCUUGCGCCACUUAAUUAUGUCAAUUUUCGAGAUCUGCCCACACAUGACAAAAUCUGGGAUUAUGUUUUGGAAAAAUAUAUAGUUCCUGAAGCCGGAAGAAAAUAUGCAAUGGAGGCUGUCAAUACAAGUUGGCGUAGUUAUAAAUGCAGAUUUAAGAAGAAUCAUUUCUAUGCAUAUGCCACUGAUGAGUUAAGAUGGGAGAAUAAACCAGACACUAUUUCAGUACCUCGGUUUCAAGACCUCUUGAAUUACUGGAAAUGUGAAAAAGUUGAGGAAGAAAGUAAGACCAACAGAGAAAAUCGUUUGUUGUUAAAUGAUAUGCACACGAUGGGCCGUAAGGGGUUUGCAAUUUUACGUCAUGAAUUGCAAGAGCAGGAUCUGAAUAAGCAAGAACCUUCUCAAGCAAAGGUCUACAAAGAAUCAAGGAAAAGAGUUCUAGGGAGAACAUACCUUACCAACCCUGAGAAAAUCGAAGAGAAUAUUGCAAAAAUAGAUGCUUUAGAGUCCACCCAAGACGGAGAAGAAGGGAGCAACUCCAAAGACCUUAUCUCUGAAGUGAUACAAGGUCCCAAAAUUAAAGCAAAAGCAAAAGCCGCGUACCACUUUACGGAAAAGGUGUGACAAAGAGUGACUUGAAGAAAAAGGAAAAAAAAUCAGGAUUCUUGAUUCCGGAAGAGUUCUUGCAGAGUAUGAAAACAGAGUUGGUGCAGCAACUUGCACCCCACGUUGUGUCUAUGAUUGUAUCUCAACUUCAAGAAAAUAAUCCCGAGAUAAAUAUAGUUAUUCCUGAUUUUGUGACUCCAUCGACUCCAAAGGAUGCUGCCAGUGCGCCGCGUGUCAGUGAGCAAAAUGGGCAGUCUGGUGGGACAAGUAGGACAAUUAACCAGGAGCAUGGUGAGCUAAAUGGAGAAGAAAUGUAGAUCUAACAAUGAGACGGUCGAGGAUAUUGUUUGUUUUAGGUCAUUUUGGGGUUUCUAGUAACGUUGAAUUUGUUUAUAUGGAUUUUAAUUUAAUGUAAUUUUGUCAUUAAAAACACUAAAUUAAUUAAUUAGUGGACAAUGUAAUGCAUGUGUCCUAUAUAGGCACUAAUAUAUAUUGUAAUGUUACUCUUUAAGUGAAUGAAAAUCUUUUGUUA